AAAAGUUUUAGUUUCAGUGGUCAGGACCGGAGAGUUCGGCCAUGGGGGAGAUCUAACCGGACACACUCUCUCUCUCACUCACACACACACUCACACACACAUACACACACUCACACACAUACAUACACACACGCUCGGACAGCAGCGCGCCCCCCCUCCGGUCCCGGUGAAGGUGUAUGUGAUGGCUGCCUCGGUGAAGGUGGCGGUCCGAGUCCGACCCUUCAACUCCCGCGAGAGCAACAGAGAUGCCAAGUGUGUCAUACAGAUGCAAGGAAAGACCACCUGCAUCAGCAACCCUAAACAGCCCAAAGACUCAGCCAAAAACUUCACCUUCGACUACUCCUAUUGGUCACACACCACGGAGGAUGACCCUCAGUUUGCAUCUCAGAGGCAGGUGUAUCUGGAUAUCGGAGAGGAGAUGCUGCUCCACGCAUUUGAGGGGUAUAAUGUGUGUAUUUUUGCUUACGGACAAACCGGAGCGGGAAAAUCCUACACCAUGAUGGGCAAACAGGAGCCGGGACAGCAGGGGAUCAUACCACAGAUGUGUGAAGAUCUGUUCAAACGUACCUCAGAAAACACAGACCCUGACCUGUCCUACUCAGUGGAGGUGUCGUAUAUGGAGAUCUACUGCGAGCGCGUGCGUGACCUGCUGAACCCGAAGAGUGCCGGCGCUCUGCGUGUGCGUGAGCACCCCAUCAUGGGCCCCUACGUGGAGGACCUGUCCAAACUCGCCGUGACGUCAUACAGCGACAUCACACACCUGAUGGACUGUGGGAACAAGGCCCGGACGGUAGCUGCAACAAACAUGAAUGAGACGAGCAGUCGCUCUCACGCUGUUUUCACCAUCAUCUUCACCCAGCGUCGCCGUGACCAACUCACCAGCCUCGACACUGAGAAGGUCAGUAAGGUCAGUCUGGUGGAUCUGGCCGGCAGUGAGAGAGCAGAUUCAUCUGGAGCAAAGGGCAUGAGGUUAAAGGAGGGAGCGAACAUUAAUAAGUCUCUGACGACUCUGGGGAAGGUGAUCUCUGCUCUGGCUGAGAUGCAGAGCAGUAAGAAGAGGAAAUCCGAGUUUAUCCCGUACAGAGACUCAGUUCUGACCUGGUUACUGAAGGAGAACCUUGGAGGGAACUCCCGCACGGCUAUGAUCGCCGCUCUCAGCCCUGCGGACAUCAGCUACGAGGAGACCCUCAGCACUCUGCGAUACGCUGACCGUGCGAAACAGAUCCGCUGUAACGCCAUCAUUAAUGAAGACCCCAACGCCCGACUGAUCAGAGAGCUGAAGGAGGAAGUAAACAGACUGAGGGAGAUACUGCUGGCACAGGGACUCAGCCAGCUGAUCACCGCCAACACAGCAGGUCCAGAGGUGAAUAAUAAUCGGGUGUGUCCUGCACUACCAGCUGGCUCCACCCCUAAUGGUGCUCCACCACUCACAGACCUUGUCCCAGGACAUAACCCCGCUCAAGACAGUGACCACACCUCUGAGGAUGGCCUUAACCAAUCAGAGUUUCAAAAAGAGAUCAUAUCCAAGGAGGAGGCGGUGGAGAGACUGAGGGAAACAGAGAAGAUCAUCGCUGAGCUGAAUGAAACGUGGGAGGAGAAGCUGAGGAAGACGGAGUCUAUACGACUGGAGAGAGAGUCUCUGCUGGCAGAGAUGGGCGUGUCUAUUAAAGAGGACGGGGGAACUGUGGGAGUGUUUUCACCUAAAGGAACUCCUCACCUGGUGAACCUGAAUGAGGAUCCCUUGAUGUCCGAGUGUCUGCUGUAUUACAUCAAAGAGGGAGUGACCAGGGCGGGUCAGAAGGAUGUGGAUAUCCGGCUGAGUGGACAGUUCAUCAAAGAGCAGCACUGUGUGUUCUACUGUAACACCAACAACCAUGGAGAGGUGGUCGUCACACUGGAGCCGUUAGAAGGGGCGGAGACUUACGUCAACGGGAAACAGAUUACUGAACCAACGGUGCUCAAACAAGGUAACCGUAUCGUGAUGGGGAAGAACCACGUGUUCCGCUUUAAUCACCCGGAGCAGGCUCGGCUGGAGAGAGAGCGCACCGCCAACUGUGAGCAGCAGGGGGAGCCAGUGGACUGGAGCUAUGCCCAGAGAGAACUGCUGGAGAACCAGGGCAUAGACAUCAAACUGGAGAUGGACAAGAGGCUGCAGGAUUUGGAGCUUCAGUACCGCAGAGAGAAAGAAGAAGCUGAUCUGCUACUGGAGCAACACAGACUGUACGCAGAUUCAGACAGCGGUGAUGACUCUGAUAAACGCUCCUGUGAGGAAAGCUGGAGACUCAUCUCUUCUCUCCGAGAGAAACUACCAGCUAACAAGGUGCAGUGUAUAGUGAAGCGCUGUGGAUUACCCAGCAGUGGUAAGCGGCGUGAGCCCCAACGCGUGUAUCAGAUCCCCCAACGCCGACGUAUCAGUAAAGACCCCGAGAGUGUGACGGUGUGUGACCUGCAGCUGCAGGCCGUCAAGGAGAUCUGCUACCAGGUGGCGCUGGGGGAUUUUAAACAUACUCUGAGGGAGAUCCAGGCUCUGGCCAUCGUGAAGCUGAAGGAGCUGUUCAGGAUGUACGGUAAGAAGGAGCCAGAGGACCGAGAGCUGUGGAAGGAAGUAGCCCAGGACGUGUGGGAGACAGUGGGCGUGGGCGAGGAGCGUGGGCAGGAUGUGGGCGUGGCCUCAGAGGGAGGGGCGAGGCAGAAAGGCGUGUACGACCUGAAGGCUCACCUGGAGAAGCUGACGGACAUCCUGCAGGAGGUGAAGGAACAAAACAACCUGAAGGAUGAAGAGAUCCGAGCGCUCAGAGACAGAAUGAUGAAGAUGGAGAGAGUCAUACCAGCAGUGCAGCAGGACGACGGCUCAUCAGAAGACCAGGUUUGCGAGGACACUGAGGCAGAUGAGGGGCGGUGCAUUGAUCAGGAUGGGUGUGGCACCAUGGGUGUCCAGUCCAAUGAGGACCGAGUGAAGCGGCUGAUGGAGGAAGACCCCGCCUUCCGCCGGGGGCGUCUCCGCUGGCUCAAACAGGAGCAGACUCGCCUCCAGAACCUGCAGCAGCAGCAAAUCACCAAGCGGCUACGACGUGGGGGCGGAGCUGGGGCCGUGACUGGAGAAGGAGGCGUGGUCCAUCUGCCCGGAACCGGCCGGUUCAUCCCUCCACAGGAAUGCAAGCUGAAGUUUCCCUUUAAGAGCAACCCACAGCACCGGCUGUCCUGGAGCCCCGCCUCCCUGCAGGCCCUGCCCACUGGGGAGGAGAGAAGUGAAGGGGAGGAGCUGAAUGACAGUCAGUCUCCACCCACAAAUCUUGUGGCUCCACCCACUGCAGCCCAGGCAGUGGCUCCGUUCCUCCCUGCUCCCUUCCAGAUGCCGGCCGUCAUGGGAAACCAGCGCAUGCGUACACCUUCUCCACAUCGCACCUGGCAACCACGUAACUAUGAUGGCGGUAGCUAUGGCAACAGCGGUCACUUCCCCCAGCAGCAGCAGUGGCGCUACAGGCGGAACUCUCUGGACAGUUCGACAGCUUCCAACAGGCAGGGUCGCUACGGCAACCCCAAUGACCAGCAGCAUCUGCAUCAGCAGCCGGGGGGGCAUGGUCGCUAUCGGCGGCAGUCGCCGAGCCCCGGAACGAGAGGAGAGGCGGGACACCAGCCUAGAGACGGUUACUAUGGCAACCAGCAUCACCACCCCCACCACCACCCUCAGCAACAGCAGCAGUUUAUCCCUCAUUUUCAGAUGUACCAGACUCCGCCCCCCGCACACGCACACACGCUACCACGCAACAUGCACGCCUGGGGAGGGGUCCCAAAAUUCCAGGGGUACACCACGCCCCCCCGCAUGAGGCGUCAGUACAGCGCCCCCGACCUGAAGAGCAAGGAAACACCCGUCUGAGUGUGUGUGUGUGUGUGAAUGUGAGUGUGAGUGGGUGCGGCAUGUUUUGCUGACCUUUGUUGCUUUGAUGCUGCAGCUGUGAUGUCAUUGUGAUGUCAUAUGUAACACAGUGAUGUCAUUAGCUGAUUAGCGCACUGACCUGAGCUACGCUAGCACACAGCACUGAGACAGCACACUCACAACACCAAAUAACUAAACACACUCUGUCCUGUGUGUGUGUGAGUGAGUGUGUGUGUGUGUGUGUGUGUGUAUGAGUGAGUGUGUGUGUGUGUGUGU